GACAAUCUGGCUUCUAACAUUCCAUACAACCACAACCACAACCACAACCACAUCAGUUAUGGGAUCAACAGAAUUAGAAGCGGAUUACAUUAUAGUGGGCGGCGGGCUGGCCGGGUGCGCGGUCGCCUCACGCCUGCAGCAACGCAGCCCAUCACUCGACAUUCUCAUUCUCGAGGCGGGCAGUGACCCCUCCAGCAACUCCAACACACAUUCCUUCCCGGGUGUCUUCUCGCUCCUUGGCUCUGAUCUCGACUGGACCUAUGGAACCGAGCCUCAGGCGAAUACGGGCAAUCGAGUGCACACUAUCCAUAGUGGGAAGGCCCUCGGAGGAGGAAGUGUAAUUAAUUUCGGUGGCUGGAGUCGCGGGGAUGCGACCGACUAUGAUGACUGGGCCAGAAUAGUCGGCGACCAGCGAUGGAGCUACGACGGUUUACUUCCGUACUUUCGCAGGUCGGAGUCGUUCUUUGACUCUAAAGCAGACCCCAAGCAACACGGAUUUGAGGGACCUAUUCAUGUUACUUCGGUUUCUGCUAGUGACCCCAACAGACGGUACCCCCUUCGGGAGCCAAUAAAGGAUGCUUGGAACGAGAUCGGGGUCCAAUAUAACCCCGAUGGCUGUUCUGGAAAUUUGUCUGGUAUCUCUGAGUUUCUAGAGACCUGGCGCGACGGAAAGCGUCAAGCAGCACACCAAGCGUACAGCUUGGAAGGUGUGCAGGUGGUUACGGAUGCUAUUGUUCACCGAGUCGAAUUUACGGACGGCGACCAGAAUGGACAAAAGACUGCUUCUGCAGUGCUCCUGUCGGAUGGCCGGCGCUUCAAUGCACGUAAGGAGGUCAUCCUGGCAGCCGGUACUCUCCGGACACCCCAGGUCCUCAUGCUAUCGGGAAUUGGACCAGCCAAUAUACUAUCCCGGCACGCAAUUCCAAGUAUCAUCGAUGCGCCAGAGGUCGGCAAAAACUUAAAUGAUCAUUUUGCGCUCUACCAGCUAUACAAGUUGCGCAAUCCAGAGCGUGGGCUCGCCCUAGGCAGCCCCGUCCUCUCAGACCCUGCGUUUAUGAAGGGCUUCCCUGGAGACUGGGUUGUUAACCAGGACGUACCGAGGGAUAUUCUGGGGGCAGCAACGCAUAAUGAUAACGUGCGAUUCGGCUCCCCUGCAGACGAAUCUUUCUUGAAACCUGGGCGACCGCUCGUCGAAACUCUAGUUGCCUAUGCUCCGGCUGGUGUACCUGGUGUUCCUAUGGAUGGCAGCUUCAUUAUGACCUCGGUCAUGUUACUCGCUUCAACGUCCCGAGGAACCGUCAGUAUUCGGUCGCCAUUACCCACGGACCCUCCCCUGGUCGACUCUAACUACUUUGACACGGAAGCUGAUCGUGUUACACUGAUCCACGGCAGUCGACGUACGAUGCAGGCUUUGCUGGACACUUCCGCCUUAGCAGAUUAUAUCGAAGCUGAGGUGCCUCCUCCCGGAAUGCCAGCUUUAUCAUCUCAAUCGUCGAAUGAUGAAUUCGAGACACGGAUCCGGGCGACUGGUCUGGCCCACCACCACCCAGCAGGUACUGCCGCCAUGGGCAAGGUAGUCGAUCCGGACCUCCGCGUCUUCGGUGUCCAUAAUCUUCGCAUUGUAGAUGCGAGUAUACUGCCGCUGAGUAUCGGUGGACACCCGCAGGCGACUCUUUAUGCAGUUGCCGAGCAGGCUGCAGACAUUAUUCUCGGGGCCGACGCUCAGGCAUGAUCGCCAUUCAUGCGGUCAUCAACAUGUUGGUUUGAUAGUUUGCUUUCUCUAUGUACACUUAGUUACCAUCGCCUAUUCCCUGAGCUCAUGGGUUCAUAGAGUCCUCAGUCAAGCGCUUUGACUUUCAACCAAAAGACAUUGUGAAUAGACAGUCUUACAGGUAGACGCAUGUCUAUAAAUCCAAAACCCAGUCUAAAUUCCAUUUAACCAUCACGGUGCCCCAAAACCAUCAAUUUGAGUGUGAAACAAUCAAUAUUGUGACUGCCUGUCGGUCAUGGAAGCACAUCCUAGUUCAUCAUGUACUUACGACUAUCUGCAUGCCAGGUAAUUGCACUAAGUUGGCAAUCUCAGCGGCAAUGGCGGAGCCAUCUCAAAUGAUGAUCCUUCGCCUAGUAGUUCCGGGCAUUUCAUGGAUAUAGCAGGGUACCUUGAUUAAGCCACCAAUCAGCUAUCUAUGUGACUCGUCAUUGGCGCAACUGAAAGCUCACUUGCGCACUCUAGGAUCCUGGAUACAUACUAGGACUACCGGGUGAAUCCUACGUCGUGC